AGGACACCUGCGCAUUUGCGCAUUUAUUUGGGGGAGGAGUCCGUCCUGUUCGGAUAUGGAGUGAUGUUUUGCCACAGCAUCUCACUGCGAAUUAUGUCCGGCAAGAUUGUUUGACAGGGCAAGCGUGACUGGUCACCACACGGCCCUUGGUUGGCUUGUCGUCCUUUUUUAGCAGUGGCACAAGUAGCUGGAAAGGAUCAUCUAGCUGUAGAUCGGGAGUUGCUGACCACGUGCAUGGAUGCGAGUGCUACCAUGACUUCGCUUCCCCAUCCGCCAUGGGUGGAAACUGGAGCUCCUGAGGUCGGACAGCGUGUGGUAUAUUGCAGCGACCACAAGCUUGCUGGCACAGUGAAAUUUGUUGGGGCCACCCAUUUCUCUGAAGGAGAAUGGGUUGGCAUAGCUUUGGACAAGCCCUUGGGGAAGAAUGAUGGAACGGUGCAAGGCAAGCAAUAUUUUGAAUGCCUUCAGAACCAUGGCCUCUUCAUGAGAGCCAAGGUUUUGCUGCCAGAAGCUUUUGCAUUGGAGGGGGCGCAGGAGACGCAUCCAGAGACAGCAGAUUCGCGACUUGGACGCCGCCGCCCACGAGCAGAGAGAGGUGACGAUGUGCCGAAAACGAUUCCGAGAUUACGGCGUGGAGUGCAGUCAGCAGCCUCACAGGAGCGUUUGUCUAUAGAAGUCCCUGAGCAGCAAGUCUUUCGGACUGCCCGGCGUCCGCCAGAUGAGCUACAGAGGGAGCUGAGAAUAGCAGUCGAGGAACGUGACAUGGAGAACCUGCGGCGUUUGCUACCAGCAGCGGCACAGAAUGGGGUGGCCGAGGCUGAAGUGGCCAGUGCCAGGCAUAUCUUUGACUUCGAGGUUCAAGCAGCAUUGUUUGAACAACUUGCACUUAUACAUAGCAGCUUGCAGGAGCUUACAGGAAACCCAACAGCUCCCCAUGGUGCCACUUUUGAGCCGCCAUUGCACGAGAAGAUCGCUGCAACUGUCACCUCUGCGGUGAAAUCAGCUACGGCAGACCUGCUUGCAGAGCUGCGUGCCGUGCGGUCGCAGCUUACAACUGGACCUUCCGAAGAAGGGCGCCGUGAGAAGGUCGAGACAGACGGUGUUGGCCAAUCGGAAGAAUCUGGUGUAGCCUUGGCGCAGUUUUGGGAGGUCGGAGGGGUCCCUGUGACCAAUUCAGAGAGAGAGCAGCUUCAGAGCAGUGAAGACUGCCAACAUACACAAAGAGAGGUUGCAAGAGAAGUGGAAGGCUUCAACUGUAGCCAAAGCAGCGUUGAAGAUCCCCAGGUAACAGCGCGUGAGGUCCCCAUGGAGCCCGUAGAACCAGAGGCCGAGCAGUCGGUUCACCUUCAAGCCGACUCAGAUCGGAGCCUGGGGCAAUGGAACCGUGCCGUGAGCAUAGGUCACAUAGCUACAACCCUGCAGGAGGACAUCCUGGCUGCCAAUUUGACGCGGGAUGCCAAAGUGUAUGAGAUAGAGCCGGAUGUUAUCAGAAAGAAGGGGGAAAACACAAUAUGUCCGCGAGAUGGCAGGAUUGGUGCAGCUUACGUGGAUUGCCUGCGGUCGGCUGAUGAGGCAGCUAGUGCCUCUUUCAUGCUGAGCUACACUUGGGGAUACAGGAUAGGAGAUAUCACUGACACAUUGGUCCAGUACUGCAGAGAAUGCGAUGCUGAUCCCAAGAGAAUGUAUGCCUGGAUGUGUUGCUUCUGCAUCAAUCAGCACAGGGUGAAAGAGAAGGAAGCUCUCGGGGAAGCAGUUCCAUUGAAGAGUUUAAGAAAGCAUUCGGAGACCGAGUGGUUGGCAUUGGAAAGGUCGUAGCUAUGAUGGCGCCUUGGAAGGACCCGUUUUACAUCAAACGUGUGUGGUGCGACUUUGAAAUGUACACUGCCACCGACCUGAAGCAGGAAGUUGCCAUUGCCAUGCCACCUCAAGAAGCGGAAGACUUCCGCGAAUCCCUCCUCACUGGCGGUGUGGGCGAGGUUUGGGCAGCUCUUGGAGCUGUGAAGGUGGAGCAGGCGGAGGCUUCUGUUCCGGAAGACAAAGAACGGAUUUUGAAGUUGAUCGAGGAAGGGCCCGGCUUUCAUCACUUGAACUGUCGUGUGGCCGAGCGGCUGCAAGGGUGGAUCGUACAAGCAAGUGAAGGCUACCUCAAGCAGCGGCUGAAGGAAAGCACUGGCGAUCGCAAUCUGGACCUUGCGAAGCUCGGAGAAGGCGUAGGUGAUUUGCUCCGUCAGG